AAAAAGGCGGAACUGAGAAAACAUUUGUGGCUCCGUCCUAAAGACGCGGGUAUGUGAGACAUGGGCUCAGCUGUCCGUCUUUGAACCCUCCCGCAGGCCCAUGCCGUGAUUUAUGAACUUCCUGGCGCUCUUUUGUCAGCUCCGCCGCGUUCAGGGACUCACAGCGCGGUGAAACAGCGCAGGAAGCCUCUCUAAAGCGCUCGACUUGGUGCGUGUUGUUCUGUAACAGCUCGUAGCUCGAUCUGGCUCCUUUGGGCCUGCUGCUAUACGCGGAGAAGUGGCCGCACUCACGCCAGGAUGGACCCGGUGGACUUCCUGGAAGACAAUGAACUACAGCGCUUUUUCCACUGUCACAAAACGGAAAUGUCCUGCAUGGAGAACCCGCACACCUUCAUCAGCCAGCUCAGAGACCACAACCUGAUCCCGGAGGACAGCUACAAGAAGAUGCGUCGCAUGAAGAGUAAAGACAACAUAAAGAAAGCUCUUUAUGAGGUUCUGGACUGGUUGGAGAGUGAGCGGUCACAGCACAUCAAAAGUUUCUGGAGUUGUGUCUUCAAGGAGACCAUCUUGAACCAUUACCCCACCCUGCGACUGCUGCGCAACAGGCUCAUGGACGGGUCUUUCCAUUUUGACAUACAACUGCCAGAGAGGGUGGAAAAGGAAAAGGAGAAGGCAGAUGAAGGGAAAAGGAAGGAGCUUUCAGAAGAGGAGGAGGAGGGAGAGAAGAAGGCGAACUCAACAACAAAGAAGAGAAAAAAGAAGAGUAAGCAUACGUGCGACGAGGAGGAGGAGCAGGCCGGCCCGUCAUCGCCGCUGACUCCAGGUCGGAGGAAAAAGCCUCGGAAAAUAAGCUUCUCUUCUCCUCUGAAGAAGGGAGAGAAGAGCGACAUUUGGACCUGGGGCAUCUAUAAGUUCCAGCUGCCUGUGAUCUGUGGACAGCAGAAGGGGAUACUGAACAGAGACAGACUGGCUAAAGGUGAGAAGUGCAUUGUGGUGGACAAGCAGUGGUUUACUCCAAACGAAUUUGAGAGGUUUGCCGGUAAGGAGAGCUUCAAGAACUGGAAGCUGAGCAUCCGCUGUAUGGACACCCCCCUGGGAAAACUUGUACAGGAAGGACACCUGAAAUCAGUGAGGUACAAAGGAGGGUGUAAAAAGGCCAAGAAAUCACUCUUCCCAUUGAACAAUUCAGUCACAGUGUCUGACGCAGAAGAAGAUGAAGAUGAAAAUGAAGAGUGUGACCUGAACAAGGUUUCGUCAAGCAGCAGAGAAAGCUCCUCAGAUGGCGCAGAUGAAGAGGGGGAGGAAGAGGCUGAGCAGCAGCCAGAAGCCAGCCGUGACGGUAGCAAAGUGUUUGAAGUUACAUGCGGAGCUUUGACUGGGACCUUACACAAGAAGCGCUUUGCAUCAGGCACUCGAGGGAGGAGUAUUCGUACUGAGAGGAGCUGGAUGACCCCGGUGGAGUUCAUGAUGGAGGCACUGUGCCGCUCAGAUGCCUCCUGGAGGAAAGACAUCGAGUGGAGAGGGGAACCGCUCAGUGUCCUAACAGAGGAAAAUGUCUUGACGAUCCACUCGCUGCUGUGUGCGUGCACGCUGUGCAAACCAAAUAGUGAAGAACUGGAAAAUCAGAAAAAUGACGACGAGUGCUCAAUCUGUAAACGUGAAGGACAGCGAGCCAACGAGUUGGUGAUGUGUGAUCACUGCCCUCGCUCCUUCCACCAGAAGUGCCACCUGCCGCACAUAGAAGACACCAUAUUAGGGAACAGCAUCCAGUGGAUGUGUACGUUCUGUGUAUUCAGAAGCAAUCAAGGGUGCUACUACCAGGAUGAGCUGAAGAGGGACGCGGCCAUGUCCGCCCAGAUAUCACAACACAUGCUGGGAUGCCAGUAUCUCCUCCUGCGCCUGUGCAGUGCCGAUGAGGAACAGACAUUCGCUGCGGACCCAAACCUCUAUUUGGAAGACUACUCCACGGUGAUCCAGAGGCCAAUGUGGCUGCACAAUGUAGCAGACAAACUCCAGAGGCAGCUCUACCAGACCGUCGGAGAGUUUGCUUCAGACAUCCAGCUCAUUUUCACCAACUGCGCUUCAUACAACCGAGAGCGCCAUGAAAUCCUCGCCAAGGGCAACAGGCUGAAGGAGUUAUUUGACAGAGAAUUUAAGAACGUGCUCAACAUCAGUGAAUAGACUGCUGACCCAUGCACAGUGUUAUGUUUGUCACUGGGAAAAGGUUGUAAAUGUUGGGAACUGCAGCCAUGUAGCCAACCUUUUUUUUUUAGACAUAUCAGUGUUCCUGGUUAGAACGUCCCGAAAGAAAUAGUUGUUAAUCGAGGGACUUUUUAUUUGAACGACGUCAGAUGAUGAUGUUGUUGUUGUUGAUGUUGAUGUCAAAGUGUGUUUACAGGUCUUGGGGUAUGUGCUAAUAAGCAAAGCCUUUUGUGGCUCCAGAGGUUCCGUCAGCCGCCACUAACAGCACAAUCCUGAAUAAAGGGCCGCCGUUGCAUUGUGGGUAAUGCAGCGCUGGGUUUUUCAAGGAAGAGGAAUGUGUGGAAUAAUGGAUAUUUGACAUUCCUUUUUCUUUCUCUUUUUACUCCCCAUCAUGAGUACGACAAAGUUACAAGAUAUAAUGUCAAAGAAAAAAAGCAGUGGCCUUCAGGGUCCUCUUUUAAUCACUUUUACAAGUCCGGCAUUUUUAAGUAAGUGUCACUACAGUGCCUGUGAACGGUAAACAUGUCGGUUUGGGGAUGAUCAGUACUGAAAUGUUUCCAGGCCGCCGGCCCCGUCUGUCUGUCCAGCCCUGACUGUCAGUCAGGGUGUGUGGAGGAAAGCAGAACAUUUUUUAUCGCCAUGCUCUCCUGAUGUUCCACCACAUGUUUCAGAAGGCUUUCAGGAGGAGAGCAUUUCUGUGUCUGGAAUGUAUGUAUCAUAAAACCCAGAACGCACUUGUCUGAAGUGUUUGCAUCGUGCAAAAUCUCAAGCAGGCCUUCCCUGUCACUACCCAGUGUUCUCUCUCUCUCUCUGAUCGGUUGUUUGUGGAGGUCUGUUUUUAAAAUAAAAUAUGUUUUUUUAAA